AUGAGCAAGAUCAACGAAGACAAAAAGAGAUAUGCUAUAUCAUUGACAGAGCACAAUGGAAUGAUCAGCGCUACUAUUUACAAAAAGACGUAUCUUAGAGAUCAAUUGCUCAAUGGGAUAUGUGUGAUAGUGGUUGAGCUGCUCUUUUAUCAUUUUUUACAGGAUCAAGUGGUGUCUCUGCUCCGUAAAGCCAGUUUACCUGGAGACUGCAGACUACACCGGCUACUAUUAUCACUACUAUGCUUCCACAUACUAAAUACGAAGCUGGUAAUCACCAUCGAAACCGUAACUGUUAUUCCAAAACUUGGUGUGCAGAUAUCGAAAUGGCAUAUCCAAUCGAUCUCCUGGAAAGCAUUGCAACUAUGGUACGACCAUCUAUCUUCAAGCGACAGUACAGCAUCAACGGCUGCGUUCGAGACUAUUGCCCUGGCGGCAAGGACCAACACCAAUAGCAAUGAAACCACAUUCAUACCACGUGACAGAGUUGUUGAUAUAAUAAUACACGAGACUUUUAGCAAGACUGGUUUCGGUGUCAGCAGUCACCUGUCAAUACUCUACAACGGCGACACCAGCAAUCACCACAGGACCAAGACGAGAGACAAUAACAGAGCACAUGACGGCGUAAGGGAACCAUGUCUGAGGAUUCUUUACGAGAAUGCACGUGUGCGUUUACCUGACCAGAUUGCGCUAUAUAACAAGCUCCAACGUGCCCUACAUGCCAAGUAG